ACUCACUUUUUUGGGUGCAUUCAAUGCACCCGCCUCAUAAUCGUCAUUCUGAGCAGACGAUUCAUGUGAAAACGAUGUCAAUCAUCCCUUGUAGUAUGAUGAACAAGAACCACAUGAAUUUGUACAAAAAUCAUUCAAGAUUCACUUUAAUUUGAAUGAUUCAGGGUUUAGGAAUUUAGAGUUAGGGUUAGAGUUUACAAUUUGGGAUUUUGGGUUUAGAUUCAAAAUGAAUGUUAAUAGGUUAGGGUAAUGGGUUGAUUAGUUGUGAUUUUGUGUUCUAUCAUCAUAUGAGACUAAUGCUACCCAUUAAAUUUCAAAAUUUGGUGUAUUAUGACCACUUUUAGAGGUGGGUGCACUGAAUGCACCCAAAAAAGCGAGUGCACCGAAGUAGCCACCAUAUAUAUAUAUAUAUAAUCUACAUAUAAUAUUUAUGCACAAAAAUAUAUUAUGUAGUAUUAUUAAUGCCAAUCGGGCGGGUUUGGGUUGGGUUAAUCGUGUUCGGGUUAGUCGGGUUACGGGUCAAGCGGGUUGCGGGUCAAGUGAGUUGCGUGUUAAGCGGGUUGCGGGUCAAUCGGGUUCGGGUCAAGCGGGUUGCGGGUCGGGCAGGUUGCGGGUCUUUGAUUUUUAGUCCAAUCAAGUUGCGGGCGGGUCGCAGAUCGGGUUGAUUGGGCGGGUUACUCGGAUCGGGUCAUGUUUGACACCUGCCACUGCUCUGUACAAACAUGAGGCAGAUUUUUACCGCCUUCUUGGAGGCAGUAAAGCUUCCGAUAUAGCGGGAAAAAAAACACGUAAAGCUUCCUGGAAAUUAUUGUCAAAUUGUUCAGCUACAUUGGUGUGUACUGUGUAUCUCCAGGGAAUGAGGAAUGUUUGAUAUUUAAGAAACUAAAUGAGAUUGGUGUACAUAGUGCAAGUGGCUGCUGCUCUGUCUUGCGAGGGACAUAAGUCAGAAAUAAACAAAAUUCCUUUCGAUAUUAAUCGUGAGGAUGAGGAUGAUGAUGGCGACCCGCAGUGUUUGUUCUAUUUCGCUUUCAUUAUCCUUUCCUUUUUCGUAUACAGAGAAGAUUAGCUGAAAGAGGGUGAUACAGUUGCAGUGGUAAUAGAGGAAGGAAACUGUCGAGGUUUGAAAGUGAAGGCGACUGGCGAAAAAGGGAAGAGAGGAAAAGUGUAAGCACGAAUCGUGGAAAUGGAGAUCGGGUUCUUGGGGUUGGGUAUAAUGGGGAAGGCUAUGUCGAUGAGCUUGAUAAAGAAGGGAUUCAAGGUCACUGUUUGGAACAGAACGCUUUCCCGGUGUGAUGAAUUGGUGGAAAUGGGUGCUUCAGUUGGAGAGACACCAGCUGCUGUGGUCAAGAAGUGUAAGAUCACCAUAGCCAUGGUGUCUGAUCCUGCAGCAGCGCUCUCGGUGGUGUUUGAUAAAGAUGGUGUGCUAGAGGAGAUAAGCAGUGGGAAAGGUUAUAUGGAGAUGUCAACUAUUGAUCCUGAGACUUCUUGCAAGAUAAGUGAGGCAAUUACAUCUAAAGGCGGCUCUUUCGUGGAGGCUCCUGUGUCAGGAGGCUACAAACAUGCAGAAAAUGGACAGCUUGUGAUUAUAGCUGCUGGGGACAAGGCACUGUUUGAGGAAGCAAUUCCAGCACUCAAUGUCAUGGGGAAGAAGUCUUUCUACUUGGGGCAAGUUGGGAAUGCAGCAAGGAUGAAACUUGUUGUGAACUUGAUCAUGGGAACCAUGAUGACCACAUUUUCGGAAGGAAUUGGCUUGGCAGAAAGGAGCGGUCUGAACCCUAGCGAUCUUCUUGACAUACUGGAUGUUGGUGCUAUGGCCACCCCAUUGUUGAAAGCCAAAGGACCAAACAUGAUCAAAAGCAACUUCCCCACUGCAUUCCCACUGAAACAUCAGCAGAAGGACAUGAGGUUGGCUCUUGCACUUGGAGAUGAAAAUGCUGUUUCAACACCUGUAGCUGCUGCAGCAAAUGAGGCUUACAAGAAGGCUAGAAGCAUGGGAUUAGGUAAUCUUGAUUUUUCAGCUGUUCUUGAGGUGGUGAAGCUGUAUAAAGAUUAAGCUUCUUUAGUAUGAUGUGGAGCCUAAUCGCAAACCAAUGGAUCCACAGA